AUGGAGCAUACAAAAGACGUCUAUAACCGCUUCCUGCCAGUAAGUGACGAGAAGCCGCCGAUUCCUCCACUUUGCCGCUGUAAUUCGCUAGUGUCUCUGCGCCUCCUAUUAACCCGCUACUCCUACUCCAGGAUCCUCUCUAAGUACGCCGGCGAGGACGCCCCCAAGGCGCUAGGAACUUCAUCGGCGGCGAAAGCACCCAAGCAAGCACCCAAGACACCUCCACCCAGCGAGAACCCUCCGGCUUCGAGCUCAUGCUAUCCCAGGAAGGUGGACGUGGACGUGGCCGUGGACGUGGCCGUGGCCGUGGCCGUGGACGUGGACGUGGAGGAACACAAUAAGCCUCGCAGGGUGAUAACGGAGUGGGAAUAG